AGGGGAGCGAUGGGAGCGGGAACCGGCCCGUCCGCGAGUCGCGGGAGGUAGGGCCCCGUUCCUAAUGGUGGCUCCACCUCGAGUAAUGAUACCUCGGGUUUUUACAGCGCUUGACUCGUUACAAAGCGCUCCCGUGUAUAUUGUCUUUUGAUUCUCCUGAAAGUCUUAGGAGAUGGAGCUGGAAGAGGGGAAGGCAGGCAGUGGACUCCGCCAGUAUUAUCUGUCCAAGAUUGAAGAACUCCAGCUGAUUGUAAAUGAUAAGAGCCAAAAUCUCCGGAGGCUGCAGGCACAGAGGAAUGAGCUUAAUGCAAAAGUUCGCCUACUGCGGGAAGAGCUACAGCUGCUGCAGGAACAGGGCUCCUAUGUGGGGGAAGUAGUCCGGGCCAUGGACAAGAAAAAAGUGUUGGUUAAGGUGCAUCCUGAAGGCAAGUUUGUCGUAGAUGUGGACAAGAACAUCGACAUCAACGACGUGACACCCAAUUGCCGGGUGGCUCUUAGAAACGACAGCUACACUCUGCACAAGAUCUUGCCCAACAAGGUAGACCCACUAGUGUCACUGAUGAUGGUGGAGAAGGUGCCAGAUUCAACCUAUGAGAUGAUCGGUGGACUGGACAAGCAGAUUAAGGAGAUCAAAGAAGUGAUCGAGCUGCCUGUCAAGCAUCCUGAGCUCUUUGAAGCGCUGGGCAUUGCGCAGCCCAAGGGGGUGCUGCUAUAUGGACCCCCAGGCACUGGGAAGACACUGUUGGCCCGGGCUGUGGCUCAUCACACAGACUGCACCUUUAUUCGUGUCUCCGGCUCUGAAUUGGUACAGAAAUUCAUUGGGGAAGGGGCAAGAAUGGUGAGGGAGCUGUUUGUCAUGGCACGAGAACACGCUCCAUCUAUCAUCUUCAUGGAUGAAAUUGACUCCAUUGGCUCCUCACGGCUGGAGGGGGGUUCUGGAGGGGACAGUGAGGUGCAGCGGACAAUGCUGGAGCUGCUCAACCAGCUGGAUGGCUUUGAGGCCACCAAGAAUAUCAAGGUUAUCAUGGCUACUAAUAGGAUUGACAUCCUGGACUCUGCGCUGCUUCGCCCCGGGCGCAUUGACAGAAAAAUUGAAUUCCCACCCCCCAAUGAGGAGGCCCGGCUGGACAUUCUGAAGAUUCAUUCUCGGAAAAUGAACCUGACCCGGGGGAUCAACCUGCGGAAAAUUGCCGAGCUCAUGCCUGGGGCAUCCGGUGCCGAAGUGAAGGGGGUGUGCACUGAAGCUGGCAUGUACGCCCUGCGGGAACGGCGUGUCCACGUCACCCAGGAGGACUUCGAGAUGGCCGUAGCCAAGGUCAUGCAGAAGGAUAGUGAGAAAAACAUGUCUAUCAAGAAGCUUUGGAAGUGAGGUGCUUGUCUUUUGUGUGGAUCCCUCAAAUAAAGCUCUGCAGGACAAGCCCUGAAGGACUUUAGUCUGUUACUGCGUGGCCACACUGUUGAAUGACCAGGUCCGGGUACCACCAAUAAACAAGGAUUUAUUUGGAAAUUCCCAAA